CACUCCUUAGAUUGUAACCACGCCGACCACGCGACUGACGCGACGGAGACGAACUUUGAUCCCGUUCUAUUGUAAUGAUAUCCAGUACGUGAACAUAUGCUAUGCGAUAUUGCAACAUACUAUUUAUCGUUUAUCGUUCUCUGUGGUGUACGAACUGUCGUGUUUCUAUUUCUGAAUGCUGUUUGAAAAGCUUGAAAAUUUCAUCAUCCCGUGUUACGUUCCAAUAAUUCGCAUGUGUACUAAUCGAUAGCUGUAUAGUCGCAGCAAGAUGACCGAUUCGCCGAUGGAAUUGCAAUGUUUGGCUGCGAAAUCCGUAUGCAUUCGACUGGUACGUGAAUGGGCCGAGGGUGAAAUACCCAUAAUCGACGUAUGGGGAAACGACGACGGAUAUAAUACUUGCUCGGAUCACGACUGGUUCAUGUGGCAGUUAAAUGAAAUGCAAGUACCUCGAUUCGCUCAUAUACCGAAUAAAAUCCGGUACCAAAUCGAAGAUAACUUGGCGCUGAUCAUCGAGCAAGUAACAGUUUGGAUCCAGUAUCAUCACAGUGUGAAUUUCUUCCACGAUCAACCAACGGAACCAAUAUCUUCGUUGAGCGAAUACGUCGUGAAGCUGGUUUGGAACCAUUAUUUUAAAAUCGACUACGCUGCGACUGCUAAAAAUAUCCUAACUAAUGAAAAGCUGAGUCAAUUAGAGAGGUUCAGAUUCGCCAGUACGUAUUGCAUCGUCGAAGAAAUGGAAAAGUUUCGCGAUCUGGUGGUCGAUUCGGUACCGAAAAGGGAUAUUGUAAAGGAUCCGUUCGUGCUGUAUUGGAGCAAGUAUUUGAAAAACGAGAUGCACGUGAUUUCUUCGGUAAUAGCGCAAGGUGAAGGUGUUACUAUAGACUUGACUAUGUUUAUUAUAACGACGGAGCAGUUAGAAUUGUGGCCACCUGCCGAGUACUUCUUCGAUAAAUUGGACUCUGGCAGCAAAUCUGUCUUGUUCGAACGUAUCGUCGAAAGGUACGGUAACAAAUACCUGAAAGAGUUGUUGGCCAAAUUAACCGAUGAAGAGUGGAGGCUCGCGAGUCAUUCUGCCAUCUCGAAAAUCGUCGAUAAAAUCGUCCAAUACGGUACCUCGAACGACGUACGGUUUGUUUGGCAGCUCUGCAAGAAUGAAAUCGAUUCGGAGAAUUUCUGCGCUAUUCUCGAAACGCUGGUACCAUUAUCGAUUAGUAACUCGAGCGAUUUCGAAAAAUGGACCCCGUUGUUAGUGGAAAUUUGGACCAGCGCUGCUAGCGAAUUGAAACAAUCGGCCAUCGACAACGUGCAACUAUGGGAUAGUAUUUGUGAAAAAUUCAUCCAACAUGUUCGAACCCUACCUAUAGAGGGGUUCGGUGCACGUCGCCUGGUCAAAGAUCCGUUGAAAUUCCUCAGAGUGGUGUUGAAAAACACGAACGCCAAGAGUAAAAUGGCAUUUUUCGAGCAGAAUUUCUACUGGCUGAUCAUGUGGGCACCGUUUACCGAAGUAGAUAACUUGUUGCGUGAUUCUCUGCAGCACUAUGAUCGCGAUAUCGUCGAGUUGAAAAAAUCAAUCGCCAAUAAUUCAGCCGAAGAAGUAGAACGCUCCCUUAUGGUAUUCCUGUCGUUCGGCCUGUUCGACGAAUUCGACGCCGUAUUUGCCUUUUAUUAUCCGGCUGUGAUCGCAGGCGAUGACGAAACGCCAGCGUGUUGUUUGACGUGCCAUAAAUGGAAGUUAUUGGCACCUGAUAAUGCUAUGAUCGCGUUGAGUACUUGUCUGUAUUUAGGAGAUUGGAGGCGAUCGUUCGAGUUCUUGAAGAAAACCCUUACACCAAUGAAUCUCGAUCCGGUCGAGUAUAUGGUUUGUAAUAUGAUCGAGAUAGGAUGCAAAAGGGAAAUUUACCGUCUGAUGUUUUGCGAUAGCGAAAUGAAUGAUUUGAAGGAAUGCCUUACUACAAUUCUGCCAGCCAACGAUUCCAGAUUGGAAAUUUUUAAGAAACGAUUCCAGACUUACAUGUUGGAUACUAUAUUCGAUUGCGAGUUGCGCAAAAUAAGAGUGUUUAAACGAGCCAAGGUGGAGAAUUUUUUGUUGUGGAUUUGCGACGGUGACGAGAAAUUAAUAGAUGAAAAAUUCAAACAGUCGAGCUUGUUUCCUAAAGGGUUUGUGGUUCAGUUUGCAGCUUGUGGCGUUUUCGGUGACGCCUUCCAAGCUACCAAAUCGAUGGAAGAGUAUUUAGAAUGGUGCUUUGCGACCGAAUCGGAAAGGCAGAGGUUUAAACGCGAGAUGAUUUAUAAAUAUAGCGAGUAUAAUAUGAUCGCAGAGUUGUUGACGCGUAGAAGCCAUCGUCGGGCUAUGUUGUAUUGGUUUUUCGACGGCGAUCACGGCGCAAUUGAGAAGUUCACCGCUGAAUACGCGGGUAAACCGAUCUAUAACCUUGUGCCUGUUGCUCCGGAUGCUGAGAUGAUUCAGAGGAUGAUUCAGAUGUUCAACAUAGACCCUGAUAAGAUUGUCAAUCAAUGUUCUUUCGUAAUUCGUUAGAAUUGUGUGCGAUGAAUGAAGGAUUUACUAGAUGUUCAAAUCUUAUGUAUGGUCUCUCUAUCAACUUUAUUUUUCGUUUUUAAAUGUUAGUUUUUUCUUCGUGUUUCUAAUCGUUUUAUUUUAAAUAGAUCGUAUUCGUCUGUUUUUUCCAAUUUGAAUAUAUGUACCUAUUGUUGUAGGUCUAAGUAAGCCCUUCUAGAGGUGCAGAAUUUUUAUAAUGUAUUUUUGACAAUUUUUAUAAUAUAUUUUUGUUUAAAUUUG